GAUUGCGAAAUUACUGAAAAAAAAAGAAAAAAAUCACUUGCAAUAAUCAGCUGCUUCAAUGUUUGAUGUUGUAGUUGAUUGUGCUUGAGAAUCAGUGCAAUGGAAAUUCAAACGGAUAUGAAUGUGACAGAACUGAUUGAACAAAAUAAAAAUGAGGCUGCUGUUCCUCUCAAUACCUGUUGGACUUUUUGGAUUGAUAAAACAGAGAGAGGAAUUUCUGCUGCUCAAUAUGAAGCUAGUCUACAAAAAGUGUAUACUGUUUCAACUGUACAGACAUUUUGGAGUGUUUACAACAACAUACCUGAUGUGAGAGAACUUCAAAAGAAAUACAGUUAUCAUCUUAUGAGAGGCGAGAGACGACCCGUGUGGGAAGAUGAAGCAAAUUCUCAUGGUGGUUCAUGGCAUUUCAAAGUGAAUAAGCACGACACACCGAAGGUGUGGAAGGAAUUAUUAUUAGCUGCAAUAGGAGAGCAGUUUGCUAAACAUCUUGAUGAAGGUGACGAAGUCUGUGGUGUGAGUGUGACUGUUCGAGAGAAAGAUGACAUCAUACUGCUGUGGAAUAGUAAUGCAUCAACUAAACCUAAUGGUAUCCAUAAAAAAGUGUAUGAAUUACUACCAAAUGUAAAAUAUAUUGCUGAAUUUUAUAGAGCUCACAACACUCACCGCUCUUAUGAAGGUGGUAAAGGUUAUAGUUCAUGAACUUUAUUGUGGUUGAAAAAGCUAUUUUGUUGAAGAAAACUUAAAACUUUGAAGGAUACCAAAACCUGUUAUCAAGCCUGAUAUUAGCUACAAAUAGAGCAUCAAAAUGAUGAACAGCCAGCUAGAAGUUUUAGGGCAAAUUCAAGUUUUAACUAUUUUUUUAUUUUAAAAUACAAGGAUGCUCUAUUUUGAAUUUUAUCAUUUUUAUUCAGAAUUAAUAAUCUACGUGUGGAAUAUGUUAAAUAGUGUUUGAUUGACAAUUCUAAAUCAGUGUUUUGUGUUGAAGAACUUAACUUAUUGCUGAUUUUGAGGUGCCUUACUUUAACUGUCAAUUUUCGGCAAUUCACAAACUUAAACCAAAUGAAUAAUUUUUUAAUGUUUCUUUUAGUCAAUGGUUUUUAACUGUUUGGAAUUGGAAGUGGAAAAUUGUUUUCAUUUAUGAU